ACCCCCCUCCACUUCAGCAGUGUGUUUUUGAUGCUCUAGUGAGUUUGGCUUUGAGUUGAGCUGGCUGAUGAAUGUCUAAGAGGAGUAGGGUUACUUCUGCCGGUCUACAUAUACACAGAGCUGAGUGCUUGAGAGUGUUUACCACCACGCUAAUGGGAUUGAUUCAGAGAGAGCAGUUCCUGACUCAGGAAAACGUAAGGCAUGAUGAACAAGAGACUAGAAGAGGAUGUACAGGUCGGAUAUAACAGCUCUUUGAUGGGUGCUUCAGUUUCUGAAAUUAUUCAGAGAACAUUCCCUGUAUGUGGAGAGAGAGGCCUACUACUCCAGUAAGCUGGCAAAAAGAAGAUAGAGGUAGGGAAAUUCAAUUCAGCUCUCCUGAGGUGGAAAUCAUUUAAACAGCCAAAGGCAUGGAGGCUCCUCACCAAGUCAUGCAUCUUUCAUUCACUAUGGAAGACCGAAAUGGAAAUGACAUUACUUGCCCUAUUGACCCUUCCCCUGAUUCUUUGAGAACCACCAGUAGUUUGAGUUGUGUCAGCACAGACAGCCCUGAUGAUGUGGAAAUGGCAGAGGACUGUAUCAGUGAAUUGACUUCCAAUAAAAAUGUGGUUCUGCACUCAGACACCGUGGCCAAAGUGGUCUUUGAAAAAACUGAUAAUGGAAACUGUAGUCAGAAUGUGACUUUAAUGGUCUCAGGCCUGCAGAAUGGCAGUGUUGAUUCUGACCGUGUGGAGCACACUGCUGCUGUCUGUGGACCCACUGUUAAGGAAAAUAGCAGAGGAUCCGAGACCCGUCUUGACUCUGCGGAGCAAGAGUUCUUUGUCCCAGGCUCUGUUGAGCUGUCACGCUGUGGCUCCAAUGAGAGGUGCAGCUCAGUGAGCUCUGGUGAGAUGGUCAUUAGGAGUAACAGUUUCCUUCUCCAUGAGUCUGAGCCACUGCUCAGUGUCUCACUCCUAGAGGAUUCAUCAGAUAUACCUUCUGGUGUUGGCCUAAUGCCCAGUUUGUUACCUGAUGUCUGUGAGGGUCUUUUUAAUAAUAUGGUCAGUACUUCAGGGAAAGACACAAAACAUCAGGAGUUUGGGGUCACCUUCAUUCAGCCAGCCAAUCUGACUUUUGUCAUGGAAGAGGAAGUCUUUCAGACAACUUCAGCAUCUCUGGUUCCUCAUAGAGGUACUGGGGACAGUAGGUCUUCACACUUGGUCCCAGGUGUUGAUCAGUCAGAAUGUGUCACACCAGUUAAUUGUAACAAAAGUAAGCCAGAAGCUCAAAGGUUUCAGUGCCACACAAGUGGGUCCGCUCACUCCACACCAGCUGAGGGAAAGACUUUCCAACUCGCCACCUCUGAGGAAUUAGACAUCAGUGGUAAUGUCCAAACUUCUACACCUGUUCAGUCUUUGAGCUCGAAGACCUUUUGCCUUCCAUCCCUUUCAGACUCUUCUCUUAGCAAGGGUCAGGGUGAGUUGGGGAGUCCAUUGGCACAAGAGAUAAAAGAACGGCAACGUUCUGAUUCUCAAAAGCGUAAAACAUCUUUGACUGCUCCACCUAAAUGCAACAAGUCAGAGAUCAAGAAGUUUGCCAAGCCUGACUUCAGUAAUGUGAAAUCUAAAGUUGCAUCAAGACCCAACAGUGCCUUAAAACCAUCAAGUGUGGCAGUUGUGAAGGUUUCCUCAAAUAUCUCUCACCAAGUCAACAAGAACCAGGCUACAAAAACUCCUCAUUCCUUGCAACGCAAAACAUCUCCUUCCAAAUCAACAUCUGCUGUUUCUUCCAACCUUGCUAUCGCAUCUACCUCUAGUAGCAUUAAAAAGGAUCAAAGCACUAUGAGUAGAAGAAUCCGCUCAACCACUUGCCAAGAAGGAGCACCUGCUCCAAAGUCCCGACUUCGUACCUGGUCUGAAGCAUCCACUUCAUCUAAAGCUGCAAAAGUAGAAUCUGCUGAGAUGGAGCCACAGGUCUGUAGACCCAUAAAUGCUUUCACCACUGCAAAACCCUUAUCUGCAGUGACUAAACAGAAUCAGACUGGACUGGCCAAAGAUGCAGACAAACAUGCUUCUUCUGGAGACGAAAAACAAGAGGAUAGGUCACUCAACAUUUCUGGGAAACCUCAAAAAACCACUCUGAAAACACAUGCAUCCCGACUGGCAGAACCGACACCGUGUGACUGGAGCAAAGGCAGACCUGGCCCCCAGCCAUCAUCUUCCAGGGCAGGAGGUGCUCCUGCUGCUCGCGCAGCAGCUGCAAACCUUCGGCAGCCACCUUCGUCCGCAUCAAAGCUCAAGCCUGGCACGGCGGGGAAAAAUGGCUGCGCUUCCACUGACAUGCCUUCUCCGAGGAGCAAACAGAGCACGUCUGGAGGCAAUACGAAAAUGCGACUGUCUGAGGGUACAGGAGCAGAGGUUUCAGGGGGAACCCAUCCGAGACUCUCUCUAACUGGUGCUCACCCACAUAAUUCAGCCUCAAAACUGCCUGUGAAGCCAAGAGGCCCACUCAAAAGUGCCAGUGCCUCAAGUGGACAUAGAAAGCCAGAUUAUGUAGAUCCUUCCUCGGGAGUCACUGGCAAACCCCCUAGUGACAGAACUGCUUCAGUAAGAACCAGGCUUCAGGGAGUGCCUCCCAGAGCCUCCUCAGGAUGUAAAAACACGUCUGCAUCCUCCCAAACAUCUGUGAGGUCUUCGGCUAGUGUUUUGAAAACCCCUGCUUCACCACGACAUAUUCGACCCAUUGGGGCUUUAUCAGUUGACAAGGGCAAGGCAAAGACGACCUCCCAAAGCCAGCAGCAGGGUCAGGCGAAUGGCCAUCCAGACCUGGUGCCGCCAGAGACCAAGCCACGAGGAGUGGAGUACUACAAGGCUCUCUGUGAGAAGAAGAACCAGACAAUCCAGCAGCUGAAGAAAAGUUUCAAAGCCCACAACUGCAGAUUUGAGGCAAUCACUGUGGUUGUACAAAACCUUUGUGCAGAGCAUGAAGAAGUAGUGAAACGGCGCCAGGGGCUUUCUCUGGAGCUGCUUAACCUACGUGAGGACCUUGUGAGCUCUGUACAGUCAUGCGAACGUCUAGAGCAGGAGAAGGAGGACCUGCGGGCAGCUUUCGAUGGAGUCCUGCAGAAAGUACAGGAGCAGCACCGCUCCGACCUGGCUGACCUAGAGGAGCGCCUGAAGACUUUCUAUUCGGCAGAAUGGGAGAAGGUCCACCAGACAUACCAGGAGGAGGCGGACAAGUGCAGACUUGAGAUGGAGCAGCAGCUGGAGGAUUUGAGAGCCAAGCAUAAAGCUCUGAAGAAAGAACUGGAAACCAGCCAUGAAGAGAAGGUGGAGAGCCUUAAACAGCACUAUGAAAAAUCUUUUGAAGAACUCAAACAAUCUCAUGAGCAUGAGAUGAACACUCUAGAAAAAACACUAAAAGAUGCAGAAACAACAUUAUCUAAUCAAAUAGAGGAGCUCACAGCUGAGAACAGCUCGCUCAGUGAGAAGCUGAAAGCAGAGGAGGACUGGAGGAAAGAAUUGGCUGAGAAAUGUCAGAAGGACUCCCACACACUCUACCUGGAGCAAGAGCUGGAAAGUCUGAAAGUGGUAUUGGAAAUUAAGAACAAGCAGAUCCACCAACAGGACAAGAAAUUAAUGCAAAUGGACAAACUGAUGGAGAAAAAUGUGAAGCUUGAUGAAUGUCUUAAGAAAGUCCAACAAGAAAAUGAAGACCUAAAAGCCAGAAUGGACAGACAUGCUGCCUUAUCGAGGCAACUCUCCACAGAGCAGGCCGUCCUGCAGGAAUCUCUUCAGAAGGAGACCAAAGUCAACAAGCGUCUAUCUAUGGAAAAUGAGGAGCUACUCUGGAAGCUGCAGAAUGGAGACCUGAGCAGCCCCCGCAAAACCUCUCCUUCUUCACCCUCCAUCACUCUCCAAAGCCCUCGCAACUCAGGCUUCUUCUCGAGCCCCCCCAUUUCACCCAGAUAACACUGGCCCUCAGCUUCCUGGAAGCAGCUACUAAGAGACUUCCGCCUCCAUGCAGAAAGCUAUGAAAGCUAUGUUAGCUAUGUGGGUCUGGGACCUGUCACCUGAAUGACAUUAAUCCAAAAUGGAUCUUUUCUCAGGUGAAUCUUGUACAGCUGAAUGACAAUAAAAAAAACUGAAGAAAAUAUUGCACAGAAGCACUUAACCAAUGAGGCCACCUUUUUGUAUUUUUGCCUUUCAUGUCUGAUUUUGGAAGAAGGGGAAAAAAAUCUCAGGGCUUGUACAUAAUUUCUCAUUUUUCUCAGUAACCUUUUCUUUUGCUUUAACUUUAGACGUUUCCUUCACUGGAUUGUUCUCAGUCUUGCGUUAUGCAGGAAUACGUGUUAAUGGCUGUCUUUUGAAUGGAGAGAUAAAAUGCUUUUUCCAAAAUCUGUCUUCAGUUUCUAUGCAGAGGACAAGUGUGCCAUCAGAAUCAAAGAAUGAAGGCCUUCAGUGAUUUGAGAAGCUUUACCACUAACAGCCUUUAAGCUGUGUACCGUUGUUUAUUUUACCAUAAGAACAAGAGCGUAGUAUCAACUAGCCAUGGAAAUUUCCCAGAAGAAAAAACCCUUUUAUAGUUAGAUUUGUCUGUUUUUAAUCCCCUUUAUUUGAAGAGCAAGAUAAAAGUCUGAAAUAAUACAAAUGUAUAUGAACUCAUGGCAUAAUUCUCGAUUGCCACACUUUAUGUAAUAUGAGGAUAUUUGUCUGAGGAAAGCUGCAGUUAAGCCUGGCUUCAGUGGUCACAUGAAUUUGAAGUCAGUAAAGUGUUUUGGAUUUUUAAACUUUCAGAGCAUUAGAAAGCCUCAUUACUGCUUCCAGUUAGUGAUAAAACUCUGCCACUAUAAGAACUGCAUUAAAAUAUGAAUACGGGUUUAGAAUCUUAUUGAGCCCAGAAGAAAGAGAUAAAAUAAUUUAUUUUCCCUAACUAGCUUAUAUGACCAUGGGACCAAAAGAAGUGACUGUUCGUGCAUGUUCCAAUGGCCUCAAGAGCACCCCUCACUGUCUGAAACCUCCUACUGCAGGUCUGACUAUUUCAAAUAUCUUUGUUGGGGUUGUAUGAGUAAGUGAAACGAAAUAGGAACAUGUAUGAGAUGUUUGGAUUUGUUUAACUACGAAAUGUGUGUGGGUGUUUAAAUUUAUUGGUGUGAAACUGAAACUCUUGGAAAUAUGCAAAUAAAGUAAUAUUAAAAGCAAUUAA